AACGCGCUGGUUGGGAAGGACUGCCCGGCAGGGCUGAGCUUGGGAAACGACGCCUGGAGUGCAGUGACUGAGUAACAAGCUGGAGGCUCUCGUGGCGGCUCCCCUGCCGGAACCUGGACCCUUGAUCAGACCCGCCCAACUCGACCGGCUCCAACCGGCUCCAGCGGGGUCUCCAGCACAGCCCCGCCCCAGCUGCCUGACUUACAGGGAAAUUUAGUCUGCAAGUUUUCUUCUUGAGACCUUUUUCAGCUUCUGGGAGAAGAGCCGGCCUCCUGACUGGGAUGGAUGUUUAGGAACUUGGGUUUGUACUUGACUCCCAGAAACCCAAGUCCUAAGUGUCCGGACUGACAAAAGACCCGUCAGCUCUUAAGGUUUCUUGCUGUGAAACUAGGACGAUCUCAAAACUGCUGCUCAUUCGAAACCUACAGCUCGGAAGUGACUAAAUGAUGGUUGGAUGAAUGGAUUGUGAAUCUUCACCAUCGCUGCUCCUAGAUCAAAGUAUCCCGAGGCCCAGAUUUCAGGUUGCAGUAGAAGUGAUUCUUUGGUAGAAUAGCAAACCCUGAAGCAUCUCUGAAGUCACCCCCAGCAUCUUGACUGUGGCAUUUUCAGGACAAAACACCUGACAAAAUCACCUCAAGGAAAGAAAGGUGUGUUUCGAUUCACAGUUUGAGGAUAUCCAUCAUGGCCGAGAAGUUGUGGCAGCAGAAAGAUGAAGCAUGGUCCACAGACCAUCAUCCAUCCACUGUCAGGUGGCAGACAGAAGUGAACGCUGGACUUCUGCUUGCUUCCCUUUUUUUUAUUCCAGUGGAGAACUCCAUUCAUAGGACAUGUCAAAAGUUUGUCUCCUAGGUGCUUCUAGACCCUGAAGAGCUGACAAUCAACAUUAAUCAUCACAUUUACCAACCUUUGUCCUCUUCCUAGAUCUGUUGGAGUAGAAACUAUAGAUUUGUUCCAACUGAGAGUUUUCCUAGACUUCGUAAAUGUUGAUUGAUGCUGCUAUAAAAAAUUCAUCCAUCAAGGAUUAUCUAUUACCUCAAUUUAAGUCUCUAGAUCCUUUAUGUUUUGCCUUCACGGGCCUCCCUUACCUGAAUGAUGACAAAGAUAUUGCCCCUGUAUUAAGGUUAUUUUGCAAACUUAAGGCAGAAACCAGCAUCAGAAAUUAGUGUUUCUAGUUGUUUUUCUCACCUUUAGAGUAUUCAGUCCAGACAUGAUAAGCAUAUGGAGGGGUAGGAAGGCAUUGCCAUACUGAUCUGCUGGAGCGAGGCAUUCAGCCUUUUCAUAAUCAAGCCCACUAAUGCAUUAACAUUGCAUCCUUGAAUGCAUGCAACAUAAAACUCAUAUCUACUGCUUUCUUUAUACUCUUUGUUUUUCUUUUGCAGUUGUGGCUUCCUAAGCAGUUUUUGCAGUUUUAAAAUUGAUAUUCUACCAUGUUGUGCUAUGCAUGUUGAUUAGCUAUGAACACAGUCUCAAUGGAGCUUGCUUUCAUCUCCUUUUUUGGACAUUUCUCAUGACUAGCCUUUGAAGUUACUACCCCGACUAGGAGUAAUAGUGGGGAAUGGGAAAUAGAGGAGAACCUGAAAACCCAGUGGUCUGGAAGGCAGUGUUACAACUGGAAUUAGGCUCCUUCUUCAGGGUAUUCAAUGUGUACAAUCGUUUUUAUAACAGUAUCAAGGAUGGAGAUCACAAUUACAAGUACAAGGGUACAAAGCAGUAUUUUGCUCUGGAAUUUAUGCUGUUGGCUUGCAUUUAAAUUGUAGAUAUAGAGAUGAUAGCUAUUGGGAGGCUCUUUUUUUUUUUUUUUUUUUUUUUGGUUUUUUGAGAUAGGGUUUCUCUGUGGCUUUGGAGCCUGUCCUGGAACUAGCUCUGUAGACCAGGCUGGUCUCGAACUCACAGAGAUCCGCCUGCCUCUGCCUCCCGAGUGCUGGGAUUAAAGGCGUGCGCCACCAUCGCCCGGCUCUGGGAGGCUCUUUUUUAAGAGCAGGAAGAAACAAAGUUGUCAAUAUUCUGAAUAAAAAGCUUGUAUCAAGUAUUUUCCUCCAGUUCUAUUUUCUUUUUAAUUUCACUUAUUAAAUGCUAAUGGCACAAAGGUGACAUUUGGCUUAAGGGACAAGGAGUAAUCUUUCUCUUUAUGGUAAAUCAGUGACCCAUUCAUAUGUUGUCCUUUUCGUAGAGUCACAGUGCAUGUUCACAGGAAGAACCACAUGGAGCAACAACAUGAGGCCGUGCACAGAAUUUAAUGAGGAAUGCCCGGUGGACAGCCUUGGAGGUGUCAGUGUCGUUGGACUGUAGUGCUCCAUUCCUUUGCAAUCCCAGAGGAAUGUUGCUAGAAGAGAUUAUUAUGUGGAAUGAGAAAGUCCUAUCUUUUGUGACCAAUAUGUAUUAAGAAACACAUCUAUUCUGCAAAUACAAAGUGCUAUCGUCUUGAAGAAGCAAGCAGCCAUUUCCAACAGACCUGAGAACAUGAGAAUGUCUGUUCGUGGCAGAAGAGGCAAAAGACGGAAGUUUUUUCGGCUCUUUGCCACCUGUUUUAUAUUAAGCUUCAUGGUUUUCUGGGGCCCGAUCAAUAAUCACAUUGUGAACCAUAUGAAGUCCUACUCCUACAGAUACCUCGUGAAUAGAUACGGCUUUGUGAACGAUUCCCUGUCUCUCAAGCACAGCUCCGAGCAACCUCACUACCGAUACUUGAUCAACCACAAAGAAAAGUGUCAGUCCCAAGACGUACUCCUCUUAUUGUUCGUAAAGACUGCCCCUGCAAACUACGGCCGACGCUCUGCAAUCAGAAAAACAUGGGGCAAUGAGGAUUAUGUUCGGUCCCAGUUGAAUGCCAACAUCAAAAUUCUGUUUGCCUUGGGGACUCCUGCUCCACCAAAGAGAGAAGAACUGCAAAGAAAACUGAUUUGGGAAGAUGAAAAGUACAAGGACAUAAUUCAGCAAGACUUUGUUGAUUCCUUCUACAAUCUUACUUUAAAACUGCUCCUUCAGUUCAGCUGGACAAACAGCUUUUGUCCACAUGCCAAAUUCCUGAUGACGGCUGAUGACGACAUAUUUAUCCACAUGCCAAACCUCAUCGAAUACCUUCAAGGGCUAGAGCAAAUUGGUGUUCAAGACUUUUGGAUUGGUCAUGUUCAUCGUGGCGGCCCUCCUGUUAGGGAUAAAAGCAGCAAAUACUAUGUUCCCUAUGAAAUGUACCAAUGGCCAGCUUACCCUGACUAUACAGCUGGGGCUGCCUAUGUCAUUUCCAGCGAUGUGGCUGCCAAAGUCUAUGAAGCAUCGCAGAUGCUGAACUCCAGUCUGUACAUAGAUGAUGUGUUCAUGGGCCUGUGUGCCAAUAAAGUGGGGAUAGUGCCACAGGACCACAUGUUUUUUUCUGGGGAAGGUAAGGCUCCUUAUCAUCCUUGCAUCUAUGAAAAGAUGAUGACAUCUCAUGGACACUUACAAGAUCUGCAGGAGCUCUGGAUGGAGGCCACAGAUCCUAAAGUAAAGAACAUCUCAGAAGGAUUUUUUGGUCAAAUAUACUGCAGGUUAAUUAAGAUAGUUCUCUUCUGCAGAUUGAUUUACAGGAAUCCGUACCCUUGUAGGGCUGCAUUUGCUUAACAGCACUUGAAUACUCAUAUUCUCUGUCAUUGAGCCAAACUUGGAGGGGGAAAAUGUCUGUGAACAUUUCUCUACACCCUAAGUAAAAUGAACUGAAAGCAAAAAGAUCAUUUAAAAUCCCAGGGAACUAAAAUGUUUCUUUGAUUACAGAAACUAGUCAAUGCAACACCUAGUUCAUGGCUUAAAUUCAUUUCAAGGAUUUCAGAUUUUAAAAGAUUUAGAUCAUGAGCAAAGGCAAAAGUAAAGCAAAAUUCAAGUUCUCACUUGGUGCCACAUGUGUCUUUGAGGUAUGAAGAGCAAUAGGGAUGUCUUAGUAUCAAAAUAAUGAUUGUGGGAAAUGCCUAACAGAUGUAUAAUGGAGCAUUUCUAAGAAAUUAAUGUCUAUAGAACAAUCAUUCCAAUUUAUUUUUAUUAAAGAGUACUUGACGGAGGUGGGCAGAUGGUAUAGAAGAAAAGUAUACCAACCUGAAGAAAGUUUCAUUCUGAUAAGGACAGGAAAGAAAAUGUCUACAGUCUUGUUAUGGUUGAAUCACUUAACACUGGCAUUCCUAUAAAUAUUUAUCUAGACAGUUCUGGCAACAUUUAAAAUAUACUUACAUAGUUUUCUCUAAUUUUUAAUAUAAAAUUUGAGAAAGUCAUCAGCUCUGCUCUCACCAGGAUAAUCUAAAAUUAUCAAGCAGAAGUAGUUCUUGGCCCAUGAGAGCCUCUCUAAAGAGAAAUUUCUGUCAACUCCAAUAGGUUGGUUUUGAUUUAAUGAAUUAUGCCAUGGAUUUUAAAGCAUUAAAUAUUGGCCUUUGCUUAAGGUAGUUAUUUCAAUACUGCUUACAUAGAAGAAUAUAAUAAGGGAAGAGACUUCAAGAAAAGACAGGGCUAGGGCUGUAACUCAAUACUCAACAAGAAAAGGCAAAGUUGCAUAAAAAGACUCUUUUCCUUGUAACUUGUGAUAUGUUAGCUUGGAGUCCAAAUCACAACAGUGAUUACUAGAAACAGUCCAACAUCUACCAGCAAGGUCUCAUAGGCCACAGAUUUUGUUCCAAAUUGACUUUUAAUUUAAAAGUUUUUAAUAUGCUACCAUGUCUAAAUAAUUUAUUAUUUGGCUAAAUAACUAUCAGUGAUGAUCUUUUAAGUAUUUCAAACGUGGAAGCAGAGCAAGAGUGGUAGAGAAACUAACCAAACGAGGCUAAAAGUUUUGGUAAAGCUGCAUAUUAUUUGUAACCAGCGGUUUGGCAGAUCAAAUAAAUACACUGAUUUUACAAAGUAGGAUGAAAAAUGUGCUGUAAUGUCAACAAUGCACCAGCACAGAAAGGACUAAGUGACGUCCAUGGAUGGAGACAUGCAAUGCAAGCCAAAACAAUGACUUUAGCCAAAGCAAAUGGCCCAUUUAACAAACUUCAGACAGAGGCACAUGUUAGAGAAAAGCUCAGCUGUCAUUAGGAUGGUAUUGGGGGGGGAGUAAAACAAAGCAAAACAAAAAACAAAAUCUAAGAAUUUCUCAGAAUACACAACUAAAUGAUACCUGUGUUUUUGCAGGUAGAUUUUAUUUUAAUGUUUACAGAAAUCUUUGUGAAUUUUUCUACUAUGAUAUUUGAAGCUUGUUUACACUGCUUGGGUAAUUUCUUACUAACCUCAAGAUGUGGUGUUAAACAUUCUUAAGAUAGUUAUUUUUAGGAUAGAUUCAGGGUUUUAGAUUAUUAUAGUUCAGAUUUUUCUGAUCAAUUUUAAAAAAAAAAAAACUAGGAAACAAAGGUGUUAUUUGACAAGCAGUUUCAUAGCUAACCAACCCUCACCAGUUGGCCCUUUGAUAACUGCUGGCUUUGGGUUUUAUGUGCCCGAGUUUCAAUUUUGAGCUUUGAAAAGUUGCCACUGAUUAGAAAACAUAGUUUCCUUGUGGCCACUGAGGUGGUCUUGUUUACACUCAGUACUCUAUGAAGCAGUUAUUUAUUUGCUUGAUUGAGCUCCCUUGAACAGUGUUCAUCCUUAGAAUAGAACCGGUUUGAAGCUAAAGGAAUAUGAAGGUACUUUGUGUCUUUUGGAAUUGUUAGAUUAUUCCACCAACAGACCCAACGGCCUGAAAAGUGUGUAAAUGGAAUUAUUCUAGCCUUUUAAAAAGGAAGAAAAACCUUGGUGCUGAAAUCCAGUGUUGUUUUCAAAAUGAAAAAUAAAAUAGAAAAGGAAAACAAACUACUGGUCCCUUGAGUAAAAGAAAAACAUGUCUAUAUACAGUAUUAUUGCUAAAAAAAAAAACUUCUUAAUUCUUGAUUGGUUUGCAUAUAUUAUUCAGCUAUUAAUUUUAUACCAAAAUGUUUAAUAUUUAUAUUGCUUGAGUUUCAAUCUUAUAUGGCAAAAUAAUUAGAAGGUCUAAAAUGU